AUGAGAAGGAUCGUGUUUUUUGUGUUAGUUUUUAUACUACAAUCAUCUACGGUUAACUGUAACAACCAUGGAUGUCAAGUGUUAUUGGAGUGGUCUAGCUGUCCCACGCUCAAGGACAGCAGUAAUGCAACAAUUGCUCAGUCACCGAUCUGUGAUGGAUGGAUGUGGGAACGACGAUGGAUCGCAGUCGAAGAGAGCUGUUUAUCAAUUGAAGGACGCAUUAGCAAUUGUUCCCAACAUCUGAAGGUUACGUUGACCAAUCUGGAGUUGGUGUUUGUGCAGUUCACAGUGAAAAGAUUGUUGUACUCCGAUCAGAAAGCUUCGAAUGAGACAAUCGUGUUGUUACAACUGGAAUCACCGUUUCUUGGAGAAUUUGACGGAGAUUUGGAUGUGUCACCUUCGUUAAGAUUGCAUAGCGAAUGGAUCAGUGAAACUAUCCGCCAGGAAGAUGCAAUGGACGAUUCCCGCAGACGGCAGUUAGAGCGAGCGGUGGAUACGGACGGCGAUAUACCCGCGAUUGUAUUUAUGGACUUUUUGAAAUUGCUGCUAGUCGUGAGUUCAUUAGCUGGCAUAUCUUUCCUGUUUUGCUGUACCUUUGUGGUAGUUUCAAAGUAG